AUGCAGGAAAAAGAAAAAGAAGAUGAUGAGGGACAAAAAGGAGAAGCAGAGGAAGCUGGAAAAGAACCUCUUGCAAUUCAAGACCUCUUGGUGAAGUCUAUGACAGACCAAAUCAACUACCGCCAACAAGAAGAUCCCAGCUUCGUUUGCCCGGAAAGAUUACAACUGUGGAAGGAUGAAAAAAAUGAAGACAGUGAGAAGAAAAUGAAGGACUUGUGGGAUAUAUUUAUCCAAGCAGAAAAGAGAUCAAAGGAGCUGGAAGUGGAGUUGGCAACAUACAUAGAGAAAUUAGAUAAUGAAGAAUGUUUAACACAAGAGGCAUCUAAGCCCGAUGCCACAAAUCCAAUUCCUGAUCCCCCAAAAGGAACGAGCCUUCAUGAUUCAAUACCUGUGGAUCUGCAACAAUCAAGUGAUGAAGAUGAAGGACAAAAAAAGCCAACAAAGAAAAAACUAGGAUGGGGUCAGAGGAAGGUGUGGCAGAAAAUUCCAAAGGCGGACAGGGAAAGAAUUGAAAAGCACUACUUAAGUACUCAACCUCGUGAUAUCUUUUGGGCAGGACUCAAUAGUGAGAAAGUGACAAACCAUGAUAUCAAAGAUAUUGUAUGGGACCUGGAACUGUCACAAAACGUUAUUGAGGCCUAUAUCCAAAUAGAGGAGGAUAAAAUAGACCCCAUGCAGACAGAGAGUCCACAGUACAUGUCCACAUGGACUUGGGCUUACAUGCAAAGCUUCGAAGAGCCAUUUUGGCACAGGGCCCUGUAUGAACACUUACUUGAAAAACUCGGGAAAUGCAGUGUUCUUUUCUUCCCGAUUAUUUCACAAGAAGAGUUCCACUUCACACUUCUCACAUUUCACAAAAAUGAACGAAAGUGGAGACACUACAAUCCACUUAGAUCGUUGGGACAUAGAAAAGAAGAAAGGUGCAUUGACAUUGCUCGAAACUUUGUUAAUAUUGUUGAAGGGUGGCUAGAAUAUAUAAGACCUCAAGCACGAGUGUUCAUAGAAACUAAAAAAAAACCAACAAUUGUGAAGCAAAAGGAAGGGCCCCCGACACUUGUACAAAAAGAUUUGACUCCAACUGAAGAACUCACUCUCAAUUGGAUUAUGCAAAAUCCAUUGCAGUUUCCAUUUGAGGAUGACAUGGAAUGUGCUCAACAAACUGUAUCUUCAUUGGAUUGCGGCAUGUUCGUCAUGUUCUAUAUGGAUAAAAUAGCACAAGGACAGCCCAUUCCAAAAAGCGUGGACAAGAAAUUUAUGAAUGAAUAUCGAGCACAAUAUGUCACAAAACUCCUACACCACAAAAACUGUGUAAUUAAUCGUCUCUAG